CCCAAACAAAUAUGAAUCGAAGCCACAAAAUCUGGCUCUCGUUUCUUGAGGGGUGAGAGGCGGGAGAGGUGGAAGCGGGAAAUGGCGGCACUCGCCCUCCAUGUCUCAGUUCCUCAGUCUCAACCACUCAUUCGUUUCCCUUCCUUUUCUCUUUCAAGAUUCUCUCAAUGUUCGAAGAGAAGGAAUUUGCUCUACUGUGCUCCGCCUUAUCUCGACAAUGUUCGAUCAGAGGUAUCCUUGUGCGUUGGAACUCAUCUCAUUCCACACCCUAACAAGGCACUCACAGGAGGGGAGGAUGCUUUCUUUGUCAGUAGCUACGCGGGAGGAGUUAUUGCUGUUGCUGAUGGUGUCUCUGGUUGGGCUAAAGAAAAUGUGGACCCUGCUUUAUUUCCUCGAGAAUUUUUGGCUAAUGCUUCAGAUUUGGUGGGGAAUGACGAUGAGGUUAAUAACGACCCCCAGAUUCUUUUGAGGAAGGCACAUGCUUCUACCUCUGCAACUGGUUCAGCUACUGUAAUUGUUGCAAUGAUGGAGAGGAAUGGCAAGCUGAAAAUUGCUAAUGUUGGAGAUUGUGGAUUAAAGGUCAUUCGUAAAGGUCAAAUUAUAUUUUCCACGUCCCCACAAGAGCAUUACUUUGACUGCCCGUAUCAACUGAGCUCAGAACGGGUUGGCCAGACAUUCCUCGAUGCCAAGGUUAGCAACGUGGAG